UCCCUCGGGUGGAAAAGCAACGCGUGUCGGUUAUUGCCUACCAGCGCAAAACCACAGCUGAAAUUAGUUCUACCGCUUUGCCGUCUGCAAGUUUGCUAGUUACAAGUGUAAAUUGAAGGUGUUCAUUAGCAGCUGUAACUCCCGGAAGGUGUGUUCCGUCCGUUCAGUUCAUACAUCAAAUCUCAGUGCUCUCAAACAUACACACACACAUACGCCUCAGCACCCGGUAAACCCCACAGGAGCUUCCACCGAGCCAGAUUCCGAUGAGUAAUAUUUGUUUGUAUUUGGACAAAGUACACAUGUAUGUGGGCUGUGAAGUGAUUUGCGUCUAAGCGUCAGUGCCAAUAUUAGUCACUACAAAACGUCUAUACCCGCUACCGAUAGCACUAAUUUGGUCUCUUGGGAAACAGUCCCUAAACGGGACCACCAGGCAACGUUAACCGAAACGUUAAAGAAUCGCAAGAGUCACCAACUAAGCCGCAAUCUCGAUUGGUUCCUAAUUAAAAGCACAUCGUUAGUGGAACCACUCAACAAUACAGAGAUUUUCCCAGUCGCAGCAUGUUGCCGAGUGACAUCGUAAACAUCGUCGUGGUCGGAGACGGUAUGGUGGGAAAAACUUGCCUCCUGCAUGCCUACACGAAUCCUGACAGUUCGUUCAAUAUCGACUACACUCCAACGAUAUAUGAUAAAGGAUCGAUAGAUCUCAGGCUGAACGGAACCGACUACACCAUUCAACUGCAUGACACCGCGGGUCAGGAAGAUUUUGAAAGAAUUCGUCGACAGUUUUACAAACAAGCAAACUGUUUUCUGUUGUGCUACUCCAUCGACUCACGAGUGUCCUUCGAGAAUGUCACCGCCAAGUGGAUACCAGAAUUAACCGCAAAUCUACGUCUUCCGAUUGUCUUAGUCGCCACCAAAGUAGACACCCGAAGGCACACUAACAAAGAGGUGUCUACCCGAGAAGGAGAACAACUAGCCCGGAAAAUCAAUGCCAACGCCUUUAUCGAGUGUUCGGCCAAAGACGGUAGCAACGUAGAACAGGCGAUUGAGGAAGCGGUGCGGGCAUGCCUUCUUGGCGUUCCAACGCCACCGGAAGAUGACAGCUGCUGGAGCAAGUGUUGGCCACUGUAGCCUUUGGUCAGGCGAAUCUUUCCAGUCGAUACAUUAUUGUACUGUAUUUUAUCAAACUUUAUUUUCUUUUUAACAAACAAUUUCUUACCAGACAGUUUUUCUUUUCUCUAACUUAGAAUUAAUAAGAACACACCUGUUACAGUACGAAAGUGAGUAAAAUGUUUUUUUUUUCUUCUUCACUACAAUCAUUCUUUGUCAUUCACGUUCAAAAGAUUAAGUCAUAAUAUAUUGAUGAAUUUUAAAUGAACUCAACCCUUCACUAGUAUUGAGAUAUGUUCUUUAAUAAACUUAAGUACCACUCA